CGGACUGUGAAAAGAGUACGGUAGGGAAUAGAGUUAGUUGAAUGUGAAACGUGUUACCGAGCGGUCGAAUAAAGGGUUCUGGAGCUAUAUAUAAAUUUGUGUAGUGAGUCGUAUGAAAUUCCGAAAGGCCUAACUGUACGGAUACUACAAUUUGGCGCAGCCGGUAGGAUCAACGAUGAAUCUGGAAGAGGUUAAACGUUUCCAUCUGCUUCCGUUUAACAAUGGAGUUACUACGCAAGACUUGCGACGUGAAUGGGAGGAGUGGUACAGGGCGUUCGAGUUGAUGUUAGAACUGAAUAAUGUCGAGACUCAGCGGGAAAAGAGAUUGCUUUUGUUGAAUUGUGGGGGAAGAAAUCUCCAACGUAUUUUUUGUAACUUGCGUCCUACUUCGGAUGAAAUUUACCCUGAAGUGGUGAAACCACCAUUAGCGCCAGCUGAAGUUCCGGAGUACGACAAUGCUAUAAAAAGGUUAAACAAAUUCUUCAUUGGAAAGAGAAAUGAGCGCAUUGAGUUGGAAGUGUUUCGUUCAUUGAAGCAAGGCAGCGAUGAAUCGUUCAACGAGUUUAUCUUAAAACUUCGUGCUCAGGCAUCGCGAUGUGAGUUUUUCGAUCGUGAAGAAAAGGAGCUACUACAACAGGUAACUAUGGGAGCUCGCGACGAGCGUGUACGGGAUAAAGGUCUUGAAGACGUUAUGGGACUUGAUGAGCUCACCAAUUACGCGAUCAACAGAGAAAUUUUGCUUAAACAAAAGGCCAAGAUCAAACCAUUCAACGAGGACCUUUCACCUUCUGCAAUUGCAGUAGUUAACGAAAAUAGACCGCGACAGUCAAAGUCAUUCACCCCAUAUGGUACACAAGCAUCUACUGGCUAUUCAAGAAGACGGCAGUUUGCAUCGAAUCAGCGCAAUCGGGAAUGUAACCGAUGUGGUGCGAAUAAUCAUAGAAACGAGGGUGAUUGUUAUGCACGAAACGCUCGGUGCAAUGCGUGUGGACGUGUCGGACACUUCGCAAGAAAAUGUAGGAACAGACAACCCUAUCAAAAUAGCAAUCGUUUCGAGCGGGUCGGUCCGCAAAGGGAGUCUAAUAAUUCUCUUCAGGAGUCACAUACCUGGAAGGAAGAAUUACCAUGUCGACCGAAGUCGGAUAUCAUUGCUGAGGUACAGUAAACAUAACCGUAUACUUUUAACAUUU